GCGCUGUUGUCAUGGAGACGCAGUGAGGCGCAUGCGCAGUGAGUGACGCACCGCAGCGCUGUGGCGAUGAUCACUGAACGCGUUUGAGGUCGAUAUCGACGCAUUUCCAAUCGAAAUCUUAACAUUUAUCAGCAUGAAAUUAACGCGUAAACUCGUUCUAGCUCGGGCUAAAGCAUCGGACCUGGAAAGCGUGAAGAAGCUGAACUGCUGGGGCUGCAAUCUGACAGAUAUCUCUAUAUUUGUGGAGAUUCCUAACAUCGAGGUUCUCACACUGAGUGCUAAUCAGAUCUCGUCUCUGGAGCACAUCUCGUCGUGUCAGCACCUCAGCGAGCUGUAUCUGAGACGCAACAGCAUCCCGAGUCUGUCGGAGCUGAAGCAUCUGCAGCAGCUGAGCCGUCUGAAGGUGCUGUGGCUCGCCGAGAACCCCUGCUGUGAUGCUGAGCCGCACAGAUACCGCAUGACCGUCAUCAGAAACCUGCCCGGCCUGCACAAACUCGACAACCAGGGUGAGCCCAUUCAUCAGUCACUCGAGGACAAUACAGCUGUGAUGUUGGUCAAAUCAGAGUAUCACCUGCAACAGAAAUAUGAUCAAAUGCAUCAUAUAUUAUAUUAUAUGUGA